AUGACCGAGAACGGGAGCUCCAGAUUCGACACCCCAACAAACAUCUCUCUAAGUACCUGCGCCUCCGUCUUUGACUCGUUGGAGUACAAGACGGUAUCAGUGUUCCUCGUCCUGCUGGUGUGUGGCGUGGGCAUCGUGGGAAACAUCAUGGUGGUUCUUGUAGUCCUCAAAACACGCCACAUGAGAACACCCACCAACUGUUACCUCGUCAGCCUGGCUAUAGCAGACCUGACAGUGCUUGUGGCGGCGGGGCUGCCUAAUGUGGCAGAUAGUUUGACAGGAACAUGGAUUUUUGGUCACGCUGGCUGUCUGGGGAUCACCUAUUUUCAGUACCUAGGCAUCAACGUGUCCUCUUGCUCCAUCACUGCCUUCACCGUGGAGAGGUACAUCGCUAUCUGCCAUCCAAUGAAGGCUCAGACAGUGUGCACAGUGUCCAGGGCCAAGCGGAUCAUUGCUGGGGUUUGGAUCUUCACCUGCAUCUACUGCAUGCUGUGGUUUUUCCUGGUGGAUAUACAGAUCAGCCAGGAUGGACAUGUGCAGUGUGGCUACAAAGUGAAACGGGAGCUCUACCUGCCAAUCUACCUCAUCGACUUUGCCAUUUUCUACGUCAUCCCGCUGCUCCUCGCCAUCGUGCUGUAUGGCCUCAUAGCACGGAUCCUCUACCUCAGCCCUCUGCCCAACCAUCCUGACACCAGCGCCACCACGCUACGGCGAAGCUGCCGGGAAGCCUCUGAGGCGGGAAAGGGAGGACGCCAAGGCCGGCCAAAAAGCGCACUCUCCUCCAGGAAACAGGUGACGAAGAUGCUGGCUGUAGUGGUGAUCCUAUUUGCCCUUCUUUGGAUGCCAUACCGGACGCUAGUUUUGAUCAACUCUUUUGUAUCAACGCCCUACCUUAACGACUGGUUCCUCCUGUUUUGCCGGACGUGCAUGUACGCCAACAGCGCCAUAAACCCUGUCAUAUACAAUGCCAUGUCUCAGAAGUUUCGCUCUGCAUUUCGUGGGCUUUACCGUUGUCAGCACCCAGAGGUAAAUCAGAGAACGCUGUCGCUGGUACAGACCGGAUUCAGUACUGUCAGAGACCCCCGAACAUCGCAACCCAACAGCAAUGGAACAAAUGAAAAGACGAAAACAGUCAUCCUGAAUACCGAUGCGACAGCAAAGCAGAAUGGGAGCAGUUAUCAGGAGACCGAAACCUCAGGUGACAAGAAGAUGGACCAUCUCAUUGAUAUCAGCUCAAAUACAUUAAGUAUAGCUUUACAUGGUGAUGAGAAGUCAAAUUUGUCCUCCCAAAAUGAUACAACAGAUAAGCAAGAAAAUGUAUAA